AUGAGUCUGAGCGAAUAUACCUAUGACGCUCUGUUUUUCUUUCAAAACAAGUUUAAGAUUUGAGAGAAGAUUUUAUAAUUAAUGUUACAAUUUUUGAGUUUUUAUCUAAAGAAUAUGUUAGAAUUUUAUCGUGAGAUGCCAAUCGCAUGUCUAGGAAAAUGAAAAUCCAAAGAUCUGGGUCGAGAGCUGCGAUUUUAGCACAGUGAUUCAGGGGAACUUGUUGAGGGUGAUCUGGAUCCAGAAAUUAUAAUCAAAUCGGAGGAAGAGAAGUGCCAAUUAUGGCGACGGUAUCUGCGAACUCACGAUCGUUUCUUCUGGUCCUCUUCUUCUGCCUUCCUAUCGCUCCAGACUCAGAAGCUCUCCUUCUCGCUGUGGGGCACCGGAACCAUUGGAGAAGCGGUGAAACUCAUCAUGUAAAGGGCAGAGUUCUAUUGAGUUUCAAGGAAAAGCCGGCUGGAAGCAACAUUACCUUUGAAUGCUCUCCUUCUGGUCUCUGCGUCAAUUGCCUUUACUCUGAGAAGGGUGACAGCAAAUAUCGCUGUAGUGAGACUGGCUACCAUAUCCCAUUCAAAUGUAUAGAAAUUAAAGUUUCUAUGAAAGAUUCAAAGAGGACAAAUUCUCAAAAUGCUCGAUUGUCUUUGGAAAUCUCUGACAAAAUGGACAAAUUGAAUAAUGCAUUACAUGAUGCCAGAGAGUUUACUACUUCAGUGAAACAUAGAAGUUUAGUAGAUGAUUCAUUCGCUUCAGAUAAUAAAUCACGGGCCUACAUUACCUAUCGAAGCUGUAUACUCCCAGCUACCGAAGAGAAGUUGUCAGUGCUUAGGUUUGAGGCCAGUUGAUGUGCGCAAGGAUGGAGCCUUUUUUUUUUGGGGGGGGGGGCACUUUUAGCUGAGAGAUGGUUGGGUUUAACAAAGAUGGGCUUGUAUCUCCUAGAUUCUUCUGGGUUUCAUGAUUGGGGUGAAAGAGGGCCAGCCCAAAUUCAGUUUCUAAUUUAUAGUGGGGCGCUUCCCCACUAUACACUUGCCUCCAUCUCUGCAUGUGUGUGUACAGACCUAUAUAUUUUAACAUCAAUGAGUCAGUGAGCCUGCUCUCUUCUGGUAAAUAUUUCACAAGAGAACUUCCCAGCUGUAUUCCGAAACAUUUCCAGUGAGUUUGACCAAGCACUCAAUUAAUUGUCAAGUGCACAACUCUCCAAAUUUAAGUAUGUAGACUUGGUCAAGGACCAUUCCACGACCUAUGCUAUGCUAAUUGUGGUAAUUUUGCUAAUGCACAUUGAGUUUACAUUUUGAGUAUAAGCCACUAGCAUAUCUCAUAUAUAUAUUAGUGCCUCCAAGUCAAAGGAUGCUUCAGGUGCUUUGCCUGAUCUUC